GCCAUUGGUUUCCUGCAAAAUUAAUAAGAAUCCACCAAUUAAAUUAAAGAGUAUGGCAACGGCCUGGAGAAGCAGACUCCGUUUCCGUGAGGCAUGGCCACUGCAGUACUACCGCUGCUACUAUCAGCUUCCAGCUGAUCUUGUCCUGCUUUGUUGGCUCAUCAUGAUGGCCUUCUUUCUUGUGGAGGUAGCUGGAGUAGUAGAAGGGAGAGUGAGCAGCGAGGGAUGCUUGCCGAGGGAGAAAGAUGCUCUCUUGCUUUACAAAGCCGCCAUCGAAGAUCCUUCCGACCGCUUGUCUUCGUGGCAGGAGGUCCAAGGAGACGACUGCUGCGCAUGGACUGGCGUAGUCUGCUACAACAGAACGGGCAGCGUACGAGUGGCCGAGCUCAACCUUCAAAAUCCAAAUGAAUUCCAUACGGGGUUCAAUGACUUUGAAAGAACCCAAAUUCCACCUCUCGUUGGUUCUCUUCACAAACUGAGUUAUCUUGAUCUUUCUUCGUCCAACCUUGGUGGAACCAUUCCCCCUCAUCUGGGAAACUUAACCAAUCUUCGUCAUCUUGAUCUUUCUUGGUCCUACCUUGGUGGAACCAUUCCCCCUCAUCUGGGAAACUUAACCAAUCUUCGUCAUCUUGAUCUUUCUGGGUCCAAGUUUGGUGGAGCCAUUCCCCCUCAUCUGGGAAACUUAACUAAUCUUCGUUAUCUUGAUCUCAGUGGAAGUUUUAAUCUUUAUUUUCCUAAAGACGGUCACAGCCUAGACUGGCUCUCCGGCCUUUCUUCUUUGAUUUAUCUGGACAUGUCCGGUUUGAAUCUCAGCGCUGUCUCCCAUAAUUGGUUUUCAGCAGUCAACAUGUUACCUUCCCUACAACAAUUAUAUUUAUAUGAUUGUGAAAUUAGUAAUAUCCCUCUUUCUCUCAGCUUCCCUCUCAACCUCACACUUCUCACAACUCUCGAUCUUAGUUGGAAUAACUUCAACUCUUCUUUUCCUAACUGGUUGUGGAAUCUCACAAGCCUCUCGUAUCUUCAACUUUAUUACUCAAAUAUUCGAGGAAUGUUGCCUGUUGAAAUUGGCGACUUAAUUAGCCUCACACAUCUUGUUCUUCCUUGGAAUUUGAUCUCUGGUCCCCUACCUGAUACGUUAUGGAAAUUGAAGCAUCUAACAUACCUCGACCUGAGCUAUAAUUUACUUGGAAAUUCUUUACCAAUGGGGAUGAUGAAUCUAUCAAGCUUAUCAAUAUUAUGCCUUACUAAUUGUUCACUAAUUGGUCCAAUACCCAGUGAAUUAGGGAAUUUAACUACUUUAAACGAAUUAUCUCUUGAAUCCAAUUUACUUUCUGGAUUAAUACCACAUGAGAUUGGGAAACUAGUCAACUUAGAGUAUCUUGACCUCUCUAUUAAUUCCUUUGAGGGUGAUAUUACUGAGUUUCAUCUUUCCAACCUGACCAAACUAUACGACUUGUCCUUGUCUGAAAACCACUUUCUCACCAUAGCAAUAGACCACAAUUGGACCCCUCCUUUUCAAUUAGACUUAAUUAGCCUUGGUUCCUGUAAGUUAGGCCCCAGAUUUCCUACAUGGCUUCGUUCACAAAAAUUCAUCACGGUUAUUGAUUUGCACAAUACAAGUAUAGAGGACAACUUGCCUGAAUGGUUUUGGAACUCUCUUUCCAUCAUUCAAAAUUUAGAUCUCUCCCAUAAUCAAAUUAAUGGUAUUUUGCCGGUAUCCCUAGAGAGUUUGACCCAAUUAAAUUAUUUAAAUUUUGGUUCGAAUUUACUAGAAGGUCCAAUUCUUCAUUUGCCACCCAACCUAAAUUUGCUAGAUCUAUCUGAUAAUGCAUUUUCAGGCCCCCUACCACCAACAUUAUUCACACCACAAUUAAAUUAUUUGAUUCUCUCACAUAAUCAUAUUAAUGGAAGCAUUCCAUCUGACAUUUGUAAUUGUACACUUGGGCACCUCGACUUAUCAAACAACCAAAUAUUUGGAGAAAUUCCCCGGUUGGAAGGAGGGUUCAGUUCUUGGAUAUAUUAAUUUGGGAAACAAUAGGCUCUUUGGAGAAAUUCCAAGCUCUGUUGGCAACCUGAUGGCAUUGGAGUUCUUGCACUUGAAUAAUAAUACUCUAAAAGGGAAUCUUCCAUUAUCACUGCAAAAUUGCACUUGUCUAUUGGUUGUUGAUCUUGGCGACAACAAGUUUUCUGGAAAUAUUCCUUCGUGGAUUGAGCAAAGUUGGAGGCAGCUACGCAUUCUUCGAUUAUCCUCAAAUAUGUUCAUUGGCAACAUUGAUCCACAACUUGGAUAUUUGAGGGAUCUACAAAUUGUUGACUUUGCAAAUAAUAAAUUAUCAGGAUCAAUACCACAUUCUUUUGGAAAUUUCAGCACAAUGAUUUCAACAUCAGAUGAACAACUUCCUUCCUUUGAGAUAAUAGAAAUGGUAAUACUAGAAGAAUUCAUAAGUUAUAGCAGAAGUGAAAGCAUUACUUUAGUCACAAAAGGACAGCAACUUACUUUUUCAUUUAUUCUUUAUCUUGUGAAGAGUAUAGACCUUUCAAACAAUGAAUUGACAGAUGAGAUUCCUGAAGAAUUAGGAUAUCUUGCUGGACUUCACACAUUGAAUAUAUCACGAAACUAUUUCAAAGGCAAGAUCCCAGAUAGCAUUGGUAGAAUGAGUUCAUUGGAAACUCUAGAUUUAUCCUUUAAUAAUUUAUCAGGGGCUAUUCCUCAAAGCUUGUCACAACUAAAUGCUUUGAACCAUUUGAACUUGUCUUAUAACAACCUAUCUGGAAGCAUUCCCUCCGGGAAUCAACUUCAAACAUUA